AUCAUUCUGCGCCAACGAGAUUUGGCUGUAGGGUACGUACUCUUUUAGCGCUCGAUAAGUAAGUACUUCUUGAAAUUAAAUACCUACUCAUUGAGUAUGAGGUUUCGGACGCAGCCAUUCUCUGAUAUUACACGCUCCGAACUCCGAACCACUGUUUUGAAACAACUGAUUCACAAAAGUCUCGGAGCUUCAUGAAGCAGUGCUUCGAAAGCGCCCAUCACUAAUGUUAGUUUUCACUGCAGUAAAAACAUACAGAUAUUAAAGUUUGGUUUACAAGAUGUAAGUUUCUGCCAGUUCAGCUAGUAGAAAGUAAUUUAACGUCGAAAAAUCAGACACUUCUUUUUUUUAAGACAAACCGAAAGUGAAAGUGUUUGAGUGGGCCUCAGGUGCUGCACGUGUCUCCUUCUCUUUACUCAGAUGACCAAAGACAUCGAACCAAAACUAUGUUUUCCAGUGCAAAACUACAUACAGAAUUAAGAGGAGCUAAAACUGGUGAGACCAGAUCUCACACCAUCUCCUGCACUCUCACAGCUGUCUAUUCAAAAGUGAUCAGUCCAUGGAUAGACAGAUUGCAUUCAACAAUGGAGCAACGUUUUUGGGAGAGAACGUAAGACCAGAUGAGGCACCAUCUUCUGCAACCUCAUACUUCUCUUUAAUAAGCGACAAUUCGAUGGAUCGACCAAUUGCAUUCAAAGACAGAACUCAACAUUAUGGUCUUAAACGUCUGAGACGAGAUGAAGCACCAUCUCCAGCACCUUCACAUCUGUCUGUAAGAAGUGAGCAGUCAAUGGAUCGGCCAAUUGCAUUCAACAGUGAAAUCCCUAUUUACAAUGGUCUUAGACCAGAUGAUGUACCAUCCCCUGCAACCUCAUACUUCUCUUUAAAAAGCAACCAAUCAAUGGAUCGACCAAUUGCGUUCAAAGACAUAACUCAAUCUUACAGUGUUAAACGUCUGACAACAGAUGAAACACCAUCUCCAGCACCCUCACUCCUGUCUAUAAAAAGUGAGCAGUCAAUGGAUCGGCCAAUUGCGUUCAACAAUGGAACCCCUAGUUACACUGGGUAUGAAAAUCUAAGACCAGAUGAGGCACCAUCUCCUGCAACAUCAUACUUCUCUUUAAAAAGCAACAAUUCAAUUGACCGACCAAUCGCAUUCAAAGACAGAACUCAACCUUACAGUGUUAAAAAUCUGAGACCAGAUGAGUCACCAUCUCCAGCACCGUCGUUCCUGUCUGUAAAAAGUGAGCAGUCAAUGGACAGACCGAUCGCGUUCAGAGAUGAAGCACAGAGUUACAGGCCCAGAAGCACACUUUCAGCCACUCUGCUGACAGAGGAUCACUACAAGUGUCCAGUGUGCACAGAGGUCUUCAAGGAUCCAGUUUCCAUGCCCUGUGGACACAGUUACUGCAAACUUUGCAUUGCGAGAUACUGGAGCAAACCAACUCAAGCUGAAAGUUAUGCUUGUCCUCAGUGCAGAAAGAGGUUCAGAGGUCGUCCUGUGUUGAAUGUAAAUGUUGCGUUGUCUAAACUGAUUGAGGAACUCCAGAAGGCAGGGUAUAGUCCUGCUCUUCCUACUCACUGCUACGCUGGACCUGAAGAUGUGCCCUGUGAUAUCUGCACUGAGAUGAAGCUCAAAGCUGUUAAAUCCUGUUUAACCUGCACUGCAUCUUACUGUGAGACCCACAUCAGACAACACUACACAGUACCAGCACUGCAGAGACACAACCUGGUGGAGGCUUCUGUGUUAACACAGGACAGCAAGGACACCAAGGAGAUCAAAGAGCUUGAAGUUGCAUUCAUGGAUGAGAUUUCGAGGGAUGAAAAAACUGAAUAUUCUCAUCCAACUAAGUGCUUCUACAGUGGAUUUUCCAGUAAUGAUUUGCCUAUGGAUGUAACUGAGGUUGCGGCUCUUGGUCGUCCUUUGGUUCUUGGAAUGUUGUAUGACCGUCGCAAUGAAACUUUUUUUUCAGAUAGUAAUCUUUGGGAUAACCACACUGUAACAAGUGACAGAAUAGCUUGGCCCCAACUGAAAACACAUUUAAAGGUUUUGGAAGAUGACUCCCUUCAGGAGAGGUGCAGAGCAUUUGAAAUGUCACCAGUGUUACGAUUGAGGGCUCUGUGUGGACUGAUGGAGCUAAAUGGAGCUGCAGCCUUUCUGAAUCACCCAGUUCAGUCUCAACAUCAGGACAGAGUUACACUACACUAUAAAACCACCACCAGACUGGACAUGAUCAACCAAAGACUGUUACAGAAGGAGCUCCUGCCUCAGUUAUUAAUGCAACCACAGCUACACGUGAUCAUCGCUGUGUUCUAUGGAGCCCAAGCCUUCUUUGUUUUUGAUAAUGAGAGAAUGAGCACAGAGAGAAAUACAGAAAUGGAAAAUGUUAUCAAGAGGAUCGCCACCACCCUCAGUGCAGGAGAUGUGUUUUCAAGUCUUAAUGAAACUGAAAAGGCUAAUAGCAUUUUAUAUGAUUGCAGUCUCUACAUUGAUGUGGGUGAUUGGAAGAGUCCAGUGUCUUUUGAAAAGGCAGUAGAGGUUUAUGAUUCUCUGCCAAUGCUGCUUGGAUCUAAAGAUGAGAGAGCAGUUCCUCUGAAGGUCUGGCUCUACCCUCUGAAGAAACUGGACAAAAGCUCUGUGAGUGCUGCUCUGACUGGAGUCAGUGAAAACUUGAUUCAAAGAGCUGAGAACAUUCUGGAACAUCUGAGAAAACAGAUCAGGAUCUGUGAGGACAUGGAAACAGAUUAUGAUAAUCUGACAGUAAUGGCUUGGUUUCCUGCUUUGACAGAAAAACUUCAGAACUUUUCAGAAUUGCUGCAAGAUUAUAGGACAGAAUUUCAGAGAAAAACUGCUGAGAUUAUCGAGUCGCUAAAUAUUAUUGAAGAAGAGAGAGAGAAGAAUUUACAAGAACUUAUCCGGAACGGUGAUCAAUCUCCAUUCAGCCUAGAAAACACACAGCAUUGGCUUGAGAAGAAGAAAGCUGAACUGGCAGUUUUAAAUGGGUGCAGAGCAGGGAACAUAACUAUUGUGAAAUCACAGCAGGAGCUUCAACGAGUCAUUAAUGAUCCUCUGAUGAGCAGUGUGUUCUGCUUCACUAUUUCAUCAAUGGAGGCUGAUGACUCUUUUUUCAAAGCUCUGAAGCAGCACAUUGAAUUAAUGAAAAAGAGCACAUUGACCAUGUCAGAAGAGCACAUUGAGCACAUGCCAAAUUGCAUAAAGGCAAAAGAUUCACUAUGGUCAUUGAAGCCUGUUUGUAUCAGCCAGAAAGUACUUUCUGACCUAAAAGUAUUCAUUGCUGCCAAAGAGACAAAUGAAGACGCAAAGCAAACCAAAUUCAUUGCUGCAUUGGUACCUGAUGAUGGUGAUUAUGAAUUCUCUGUGCAGUUUUAUCAUGCAGGUAGGAUUAUGAGCAGAAAUCUGAAACUUCAAAUAAAGCCAGAUCACGCUCAAAUAUCUCAAAUAAAACACAACUGUGUGUCUCUAAAAAUUAAUAAAACCCAAAACAGAAACAUCGAGAGGUAUGUCAUAGAGUACAGGGCUUUGAGUGAUGGAACAAACAACACCACAUGGAAAGAGAUCAUUUUUGAUGCCAAAACUGUUAAAGAAACCUUUGUAAUAUCAGAUCUAAAGUCAGCCAAACAGUAUCAACUGAGGUAUUCAGUUGCUGAGCAGGACUGUAUGAGCAACUUCAGUAAGAUGAUUAACAUUAAAACAGCAUUUUCACCAAUAAUUGGACAACCCUUAGUGAAUAAGCUGAACAGUAACACUCUCAGACUUGCCUGGCUGAAAGCAGAACCUGAAGAAGAUUGUCCAGUGCUGCAGUAUAUGGUUGAGUAUAAAGAAGCAGGACUGGACGGCUGGUCAUCAGUACUAACACAAGGGCCUGUGUGUGAAUGUACUUUAACUCUACCUCACAGCACCUGCUAUAGAGUCAGAGUUUCUGCUGUCUAUGGAGAAGGAGACACUAGCAAACCUAGUGAGCAGACACCAGUGCCAGUGGAUGUCUGGAGAAUAAAGCUCUCAGAGAGAAAGAGCUUCAUCCUCCUAGAAGUGCUGAAACUCCAAACAGAGAAGAAACCAGUAGAGCUGAUAGACUGGACAGAUGAAGAGAGUGAAGUGAAGGGAUUCCUCCAGUGUCUGCCCUACAUCUCACAGCUGAGGUUUGACAUUUAUAACUUCAAGAGAGAAGCUGUUGUGUUUCUACUGAAACUGAUUGUUUCAGCGUCAGAGUUUGAUGCAAAUAAAGGAGAAAAUUACACUGAACUAUUAACAUCUGUGUGCAGCUACACAUCUUUCCCUUUUAAUGAGGAUGAUUUAGGUCAUCUUCAGUAUCAGAUUUAUCAGGGUGAUUUCCUGCUGGAUCUGUGUUCACAUGUGAAGGACUAUGAGACUCAAACAGGCAGGAGUGUCCUUCCAGCAUUACAGCCAAUUUAUCAGUCAGCUCCUGCAGUCUGGAGAAUAAACCUCUCAGAGAGAAAGAGCUCCAUCCUCCUAGAAGUGCUGAAACUCCAAACAGAGAAGAAACCAGUAGAGCUGAGAGACUGGACAGAUGAAGAGAGUGAAGUGAAGGGAUUCCUCCAGUGUCUGCCCUACAUCUCACAGCUGAGAUUUCAUCCCCUUGUUUUCAAAGAGAAGAAAAGGUCUGCCCAGUUUCUGGCAAAUCUGAUUAUUUCAGCAUCAGAGUUUGAUAAAACUACGGGUGAAAAUUACACUGAGCUGUUCACAUCUGUGUGCAGCUACACGUCUUUCCCCUGCAGUCAAAACUACACUAGUGAUGAUGCUGAUCAGUGUGAUUUCCUGCUGGAUCUGUGUUCACAUGUGAAGGACUAUGAGACUCAAACAGGCAGCAGUGUCCUUCCAGCAUUACAGCCAAUUUAUCAGUCAGCUCCUGCAGUCUGGAGAAUAAAGCUCUCAGAGAGAAAGAGCUCCAUCCUCCUAGAAGUGCUGAAACUCCAAACAGAGAAGAAACCAGUAGAGCUGAUAGACUGGACAGAUGAAGAGAGUGAAGUGAAGGGAUUCCUCCAGUGUCUGCCCUACAUCUCACAGCUGAGGUUUGUUGUACCACACAAUAAAACAGCUGAAUCAUGGGACAAAAGAAAGAGAUUAUUCAUACUGAAUUUGUGUCUGCAAGCUGCUCUCCAUCAGAAAGAGACAAUAGAAGAAACUGAGAAGAAACUGCUUUCAUCUGUGGAUUAUGAGAAAUGUGCUUUCCUGCUGGAUCUGUGUUCACAUGUGAAGGACUAUGAGACUCAAACAGGCAGGAGUGUCCUUCCAGCAUUACAGCCAAUUUAUCAGUCAGCUCCUGCAGUCUGGAGAAUAAAGCUCUCAGAGAGAAAGAGCUCCAUCCUCCUAGAAGUGCUGAAACUCCAAACAGAGAAGAAACCAGUAGAGCUGAUAGACUGGACAGAUGAAGAGAGUGAAGUGAAGGGAUUCCUCCAGUGUCUGCCCUACAUCUCACAGCUGAGGUUUGUUGUACCACACAAUAAAACAGCUGAAUCAUGGGACAAAAGAAAGAGAUUAUUCAUACUGAAUUUGUGUCUGCAAGCUGCUCUCCAUCAGAAAGAGACAAUAGAAGAAACUGAGAAGAAACUGCUUUCAUCUGUGGAUUAUGAGAAAUGUGCUUUCCUGCUGGAUCUGUGUUCACAUGUGAAGGACUAUGAGACUCAAACAGGCAGGAGUGUCCUUCCAGCAUUACAGCCAAUUUAUCAGUCAGCUCCUGCAGUCUGGAGAAUAAAGCUCUCAGAGAGAAAGAGCUCCAUCCUCCUAGAAGUGCUGAAACUCCAAACAGAGAAGAAACCAGUAGAGCUGAUAGACUGGACAGAUGAAGAGAGUGAAGUGAAGGGAUUCCUCCAGUGUCUGCCCUACAUCUCACAGCUGAGGUUUGACGUUUAUAACUCAGAGAGAGAAGCUUCUGUAAAGUUUCUACUGAAACUGAUUGUUUCUGCGUCAGAGUUUGAUGCAAAUAAAGGAGAAAAUUACACUGAACUAUUAACAUCUGUGUGCAGCUACACAUCUUUCCCUUUUAAUGAGGAUUAUUUUGAUUUUGAAGAUCAGAUUUAUCAGGGUGAUUUCCUGCUGGAUCUGUAUUCACGUGUGAAGGACUAUGAGACUCAAACAGGCAGGAGUGUCCUUCCAGCAUUACAGCCAAUUUAUCAGUCAGAUACUGCAGUCUGGAGAAUAAAGCUCUCAGAGAGAAAGAUCUCCAUCCUCCUAGAAGUGCUGAAACUCCAAACAGAGAAGAAACCAGUAGAGCUGAGAGACUGGACAGAUGAAGAGAGUGAAGUGAAGGGAUUCCUCCAGUGUCUGCCCUACAUCUCACAGCUGAGGUUUGACUUGAACAGAGCUGAUGAUGUAAAGUUUCUACUGAAACUGAUUGUUUCAGCGUCAGAGUUUGAUGCAAAUAAAAAAGAAAAUUACACUGAACUAUUAACAUCUGUGUGCAGCUACACAUCUUUCCCUUUUAAUGAGGAUUAUUUUGAUUUUGAAGAUCAGAUUUAUCAGUGUGAUUUCCUGCUGGAUCUGUGUUCACAUGUGAAGGACUAUGAGACUCAAACAGGCAGGAGUGUCCUUCCAGCAUUACAGCCAAUUUAUCAGUCAGCUCCUGCAGUCUGGAGAAUAAAGCUCUCAGAGAGAAAGAGCUCCAUCCUCCUAGAAGUGCUGAAACUCCAAACAGAGAAGAAACCAGUAGAGCUGAUAGACUGGACAGAUGAAGAGAGUGAAGUGAAGGGAUUCCUCCAGUGUCUGCCCUACAUCUCACAGCUGAGAUUUGAUCCCUAUGUUUUCUUUGAGAAGAAGGGGUUUGUUCAGUUUCUGGUGAAUCUGAUUAUUUCAGCAUCAGAGUUUGAUAAAACUACUGGUGAAAGUUACACUGAGCUGUUCACAUCUAUGUGCAGCUACACAUCUUUCCCCUUCAGUGAUAACUACACUAACCGUCAGAGUGAUAUUCUGCUGGAUCUGUGUUCACAUGGUAAGGACUAUGAGACUCAAACAGGCAGGAGUGUCCUUCCAGCAUUACAGACAAUUUAUCAGUCAGCUCCUGCAGUCUGGAGAAUAAAGCUCUCAGAGAGAAAGAGCUCCAUCCUCCUAGAAGUGCUGAAACUCCAAACAGAGAAGAAACCAGUAGAGCUGAUAGACUGGACAGAUGAAGAGAGUGAAGUGAAGGGAUUCCUCCAGUGUCUGCCCUACAUCUCACAGCUGAGGAAUGCCGAGCGGUUCAUUCCAUCUCUAUGUGAAGUGUUUGGACCCAGAGUGAAGGCAGAUCAGGUGACUCCUCUGCUCCAGGCUUUAGACUUCAGCAUCACACUGAGUGGAAAAUUACCCAGCAGCACCUGCAGAUCUGUGGGGAGAGUUCUGGGUCUUUCAGCCUCAAAACUAAACCUGACUCUAAAGCCACAAGCCAUUUCUCUCAGAGGACUCAAACUGAUCUUCAAACACAUCAAACAUCUUCAGAAACUGAGUCUGGAAGACAGGAUGUUGGUGAAGAUGGUCAGAGCGCUGAGGUCAUUUAAGGGUCCAUUUUCACUGACCACAGAUGAGCUCUCACUGAUCACAAAAGACUCGAAGCAAAAUCUUCCUCAUAUCCUGAGCAGAUUGACGUCUCUCCUGAGUCUGUUGUCUGUCCAGUGUUUGGAUCUCACUGAGUGUAAAUCAGAGGCUCUGUCUCUCACGACUCUGUUGGGUCUCCAGGAACCCAUGACUAUCAGGUUCUCUAAAGAGGCUCUUCAGCAGCUGGUUUCAGUGGUGUAUGAAGCACAGGAUGAUGAACUGACACGCUGCUUUCUGAAGAAGGUGUCUAAGGAUCUGUCCUCCUGCUCACUGACCUGGGAAGUGAUUCAUUACCUGCUGCAACAUCAAGCUAUAAACUUGAAGAUGGACUUUAGAAAGAGCAAAAUCUCUUGUGAAAACAUCAGAGAUCUUCUGCUGGUGUUAGACAGAAUCCAGCUGAAACGGCUGAGCCCCAGCUUUACUCUGUCCAUCAUUAUGGAGAUUUAUGAGACUCGUUUUCCUCAGUAUGUAUCCAGUCUGAUGAGUUCAGCAGGAAACGACAUCAACCUGAAUGGCCGAGUGUUGGACUCUGUUCACUGCGCCGCCCUGCGCUUCACUCUGCAGCACUGCAACACUGUCAAACUCAAUCUGCUCUGGACCUCCGUACCAGAGGAGGAGCUAGAGAACUUUCUGCCUUUACUUUCCAGAGUCACACGACUCAGUGUUGACAGGCUGCUGUUGCAGAAGCUGCUUCAUUGCUGCAGUUCCUCUGAUCUCCAGCAGAAGGCAGCAGAUGUUCUUCUCUCGGCUCUUCACAACAGACUGGACUUCUCCUGCUGCUCUGUUCUGGAUUUAACAGUCACACAAAACCAAGAACAUUUUAAACUAGCUGAAAAAGACUGUAGAAUAAUCUCAUCUGUGCUUCAGAAAACUCAAAGUAUUGUGAAGUUGAUCUUACAGGACUGUGAGCUCUCUGAUGAGGGCCUGAAACAACUUUGGCCAAUCCUGCCUCAAGUCCAGCUGAGCUGUAGUAAAGCUCUGCUGCUGCAGUUUCUGGCUUGUAUUAGUACAGAUGGAGCUGAGAGAGGCUCUUUAAGGAGGGCUGAGGCUCUUUCACAGGCUUUAGGAGGAGAGAUGGACCUCAGUCACACUCAGAUGGACCAGAGAGCUUGUGAACAGCUGGCUCUGUUUCUGGAAUAUUCUGAAGGACUGACAGAACUGGAUCUCAGUCGCUGCAAACUCACUGAUCACUGCAUGGAGCCGCUGCUGCCACAUCUGCACAAAACCCAGACUCUGGACCUGAGUCACAAUAAUAUCACGGAUGAAUCAGCAAAGAGAAUCCAGAGUGUCGUCUGCGCUCACAGCGAUAUUCAGACUGUACGACUUUUUGGAAACAAAAUCAGAGACAGAAAGCAGUUCAUCGGAGACAAGCGGUUUGAAAUAUGGUGAAGAUCCUGGACUGGUUCAUUUGUCAAGGAUUAUUGUAAAGAGCUUGAAACAUGAUUAAAUAUAUUUUACAGCUGCUUAGUACUAAACAAAAGAACUGAAUGCUAUGAGAUUUUACUAUUAUGGUUUUGUAAUUAGUUUCUCUGCUUCUUUGUUAUUGUUCUUGAAACAGACAGAAUUGAUUUAAGUGAUAUGAUCAUUUACAGAGCUCUAAUAACAAAAUUUAUAUGGGAAGAAACACUGUAAAUAUGAUAUUAAAUAAAUAUAUAAUUUGCUGGAGAAAACUGUAUGAGGAUCUGUGUGAAUAUGAAUGACAUUCACUCAGCCAGUAACAGCACAUCUCAAAUGUAAUCAUGCAUGCUCAGUUUUUUUCUGUUUCAUUGAUUUUAACUUCAUGUUGACAAACCAUCAUGUUCAAAGACAGAAGGAGGAGCGUAACAUGCUGCGAAUUUAAGAAGGUGCAUAUAUGCCCAAAUGCACAUUUUAUCUUUAUUUAUUACAACAUAUGUAAAUGGAUGUAUCUAAAUACAUUUUUAGAAUUUAUCUACAA